CUUCACUUACGACAAUUUUUCAAGAGCGUUCCUCUCGCAAAAGCGCGAAGGAAUCAGAAAGCACGACAGCAUGUUUCCAUUGGGUCUAUCAAGUCAACCUAACCAACAUCAUACAAUUUUUGUCAAGUAACAAUACAGAAAGUACUAGGUCAAUAGACCAACGACGAAGUCACAAAGUGAGUACCUAGAAAAUGAGACGUCAGGUAAGAAUUAACAACGAUGAGAUGCGUUCCCUCAGGAAGAACAGUUUGUCCAUCAUAAAAAUCGGACAUAUGCUUGUAUGUUAUAGAGCAUCUCGGGGAAAGGGGAGGAUCAUGGCGGAACACUCACCAGUACUACAUUAUUAUACAUCCAUCACAGGAAGACCUGUAGAAGAGAAAAGAAGAGUAAGCAAGUGAUGCAGAUGAACACGGAGAAAUGAAGAUGAGAAUCAGUUGGUGAUGCAUGUUACGAGUGAUGGCUCAUUGGAGACCGUCGCCGACUCGAGGAUGGAAAGUAUCGU